AUGGCGGCUGCGCGCCGUCCUGAGCGCCGUGGGGCUCUGAGGCGGCUUUUGAGGCAGAGUCUCGGCAGAGUCUCGGCAGAGUCUCGGCAGAGUCUCGGCAGAGUCUCGGCAGACCUUGUUGCUCUCUACUGCUGUGUGACAGGAGACUGUGGCGAGACCUCUAUGGGGUCGGCCUCUUCUCCUGAGUAUAGUGAUAGGGAGAGAGGCAGUGGCCUCAAGUUGCACCAGAGGAGGUUCAGGUUGGAUAUUAGGAAUGAUUUCUUCCAAGAAAAAGCAGUCUUUUUGCUCCGGGGGUAGUGGAGUAACCAUCCCUGGAGGUGUUCAAGGGCUCUCUUUUUCUUCUUUACAGUGUGAGAUACUUACUUUGGGGAAGGCUGUAAUCGAGCCUUUCAUCAUCACUGUGUUUACCUCCCAUGAAUCUUAACGCAGUCAGAUACAUUGUACGUGAAAACCUUGUUAACAAGGAGAUGCAGUUCCAAAAGAGGCCAAUGGCAGAAGAAAUGGCUGUUAAACAGAAGGACCUCUGAGGAAGGAACCUGCAGUAGAUCCAGCGUGAUUUUGCAGAUCCUGGGUUAUCUCAUGGAUGUUUCAUUUCAUCUGUCUGAAAUUUCCACCUGCCCUGCUGCUCUGUCUCACUUGGAGGUCAGCAUUCAGAAGAAACCCAUGAGACAAAGCAAAAAAGUUCAGCUGGACCCCACAAACUGAGUCGUCUGUGUGAUAUUUGGCCCAGCUGCAUGAAGGGGGCAGUCUGCUUGUAGCCAAACCCCACACUGCUCUGUAACCACAUCUGCUGAAAUAGCUUUUAGUGCUGGGUGGUAAUGCCUGCACUUUGUCAAAGAAAACAUUUAAGGAAGUUCCCUUGCGGAAGUGCUCUGAACAGCGCGCUUUGCAACGGGGCUCCGAGGAGCAGAUCCCUCCUGGAGGGGACAGAGUGUGUGCAUGUGUGCCCACACAGGCAUCUCCACUCGUCACAAGCUUUCCCUCCAGGUGACCUUGUGCCUGUUUGGAGACCUGUUGAUUUACAAUGCAGAUUCGUCUGUCCUCGCCUGCUUGUUGUUGCCUCUCCUGAAUUUGCCUGGGACAUUAGAGGCUGUUUGCUCUCUGAUGCCAAUAGUGGUGAUGGCAGAGAGCCCUGCCAUGUGAGAGGCAGAGAUAGAGGAGAGGGGGUGAAGGAGGAGUAAACUGUGUGACUCCUAUUGCUUCUGGUAGCUGAGGAGCACAUCUACAGGACAAUGUCAAUGCUUACUCCUGUCCUGCAGCCCCCAGAGGUGAAGGAGUAUCUGUCCAAAGGCGAGCGCUUCAUCAAAUGGGACGAUGAAACAGCAAGUGCUUCUCCUGUGAUUCUUCGGGUGGAUCCAAAGGGCUUUUAUUUAUACUGGACGUAUCAGAACAAGGAGAUGGAAAUUCUGGAUAUAACCAGCAUCCGAGACACCCGAGUAGGGCGAUUUGCCAAAAUCCCCAAGUGCCAGAAGCUCCGUGAGGUUUUUAACUUGGAUUACCCUCACAGCACCUUUCUGCUGAAAACUCUGACAAUUGUAUCUGGCCCUGACAUGGUGGACCUCACUUUCCAUAACUUUGUGUCCUACAAGGAGAAUGUUGGCAAGAGCUGGGCUGAGGAUAUUAUGGCCAUUGUUCAGAAUCCCCUCACAUACAAUGCUUCUCGGUACACCUUCCUAGAGAAAAUCCUGGUGAAGUUGAAGAUGCAGCUGAACGCAGAGGGAAAGAUUCCUGUCAGGAAUAUUUUUCAGAUGUUUCCUGCAGACAGGAAGAGGGUGGAAGCAGCAUUAAGUGCUUGUCAUCUUCCAAAAGGCAAGAAUGAUGCCAUCAACCCAGAGGACUUCCCUGAGACUGUGUAUAAAACUUUCCUCAUGAAUCUGUGUCCACGGCCUGAGAUUGAUGAGAUAUUUACUUCACACCAUUUCAAAGCAAAACCCUACAUGACCAAAGAACACUUGGCAAAAUUUAUCAACAAGAAGCAACGAGACUCUCGCCUCAACGACAUCCUUUUCCCACCAGCAAAACCUGAGCAGGUGCAGAGCCUGAUAGAGAAAUAUGAGCCCAGCGUCAUUAACAUCCAGAGAGGGCAGUUGUCUCCGGAGGGAAUGGUCUGGUUUCUCUGUGGCCCUGAGAACAACGUGAUAGCACUGGACAAAUUGGUGCUGUAUCAGGACAUGACACAGCCGCUCUCACACUACUUCAUCAAUUCAUCACACAACACUUAUUUAACAGCUGGCCAGUUUUCUGGUAUCUCAUCUCCCGAAAUGUACCGUCAGACGCUGCUGGCUGGGUGUCGCUGUGUGGAGCUGGAUUGCUGGAAGGGCCGUCCCCCAGAUGAGGAGCCCAUCAUCACUCAUGGGUUCACCAUGACAACUGAAAUCCUCUUCAAGGAUGCAAUUGAGGCCAUUGCAGAAAGUGCUUUCAAAACAUCUCUUUACCCUGUCAUCCUCUCCUUUGAGAACCACGUGGACUCGCCCAAGCAGCAGGCAAAGAUGGCUGAGUACUGCCGAACCAUAUUUGGAAAUAUGCUGCUGACAGAGCCUCUGGAGAAAUACCCACUGAAGCCAGGAGUUCCUCUGCCAAGUCCUAAGGAUCUCUUAGGGAAAAUCUUAAUUAAGAACAAAAAGAAACAGUCCGUAUCUGAGAAGAGGCAGAAUUCUAUGAAGAAGGGGAAGAAUGUGGAACCAGAAAUCAUUGAGCAGCCAGCUUUUACAGAUGUUGAAGAUACUGUCUGGGCAGGUGAUGUGGCUGAAGAAGAACCAGAGGAAGAGGAUGAUCAGCUAGGAAACCUGGAUGAAGAGGAAAUCAAGAAGAUGCAGUCAGAUGAGGGCACUGCUGGUUUGGAAGUGACAGCAUAUGAAGAAAUGUCCAGCCUUGUUAAUUACAUACAGCCCAUCAAAUUUGACUCCUUUGAAGUCUCUGCCCAGAAGAACCGGAGUUACGUUAUCUCUUCCUUCACUGAGCUGAAGGCUUAUGAUCUGCUGACCAAGUUUCCUGUGCAGUUUGUAGAAUACAACAAACGCCAGAUGAGCCGGAUUUACCCCAAAGGCACCCGAAUGGACUCCUCGAAUUACAUGCCCCAGAUGUUCUGGAACGUUGGCUGUCAGAUGGUGGCACUGAACUUCCAGACCAUGGAUGUUCCCAUGCAGCAGAACAUGGCUCUGUUUGAGUUCAAUGGCCAGUGUGGCUAUCUGCUCAAGCAUGAAUUCAUGCGGCGUCCGGACAAGCAAUUUGACCCUUUCUCAGUGGACCGCAUUGAUGUGGUGGUGGCAAGCACACUGUCUGUCACGAUACUUUCUGGUCAAUUCCUCUCAGACCGCAGUGUGAAGACAUACGUGGAAGUGGAGCUGUUUGGGCUGCCAAGGGACACAAAGCGCAAAUACAGAACCAAACUGACCUCCACUGCCAAUUCCAUAAAUCCUGUUUGGAAAGAAGAACCUUUUGUUUUUGAAAAGAUCAUGAUGCCUGAGCUGGCAUCACUCAAAAUUGUGGCUUUUGAGGAAGGAGGAAAGUUCAUUGGUCAUCGUGUCAUUCCCAUUAUUGCAGUGCACUCAGGCUAUCACCAUGUUUGUCUUCGCAGUGAAAGUAACAUGCCACUCACCAUGCCUUCUCUAUUUGUGUACCUGGAAGUAAAGGAUUAUGUCCCUGAUGCCUGGGCAGACCUGACUAUUGCUCUCUCCAACCCAAUUAAGUUCUUCAAUCUGCAAGAAAAGAGAUCAGUUAAUCUAAGAGAUGGCUCAGAGGUGGAGAGGCCUGACUUGCAGAGGAACUUCUCAUUUCCUGAAAAUAAUAGGAUGCCAGAGUCCACCAGGAAAUUCAGUACUCCUUUUGCAAAUGGGCCUGCAGGAGCAGCAGCUCUGGUCAAGGAUGGAAACGUGAAGGAAGUAACACAGCUUCCAGAGCCUCAGACAGCCAGCCUUGCAGAGCUGCAGCAGAUGAAGCUGUUCCUGAAGCUGCUGAAGAAGCAGGAGAAAGAACUGAAGGAGCUGGAGCGGAAAGGAAGUAAACGGAGAGAAGAGUUGCUACAGAAAUAUUCUGUUCUCUUUUUGGAACCUGUCUGCCCAAGAGGCAAGAAAAGAUCUGUGCACUCCAGGAAAACCCAGAAGAAGAGGAGUUUGACGACAGGUGAUGUUGGUACUUGCAUGCAACCUGUAGAAAUGGCAGAAAAGCUCGAUAGCCAAGUUUUGGAACUGAAAGAGAGGCUGGAGAUGGAGCUUAUCUGCCUGGGGGAAGAAUACCAUGAUGAGAUUCGAAGAAGGAAAGAGCAGCAUGCCACAGAGCAAACGGCCAAGAUUACAGAGCUAGCCAGAGAGAAGCAGAUAGCUGAGCUGAAGGCACUGAAGGAGUCAUCACAAAGCAACAUUAAAGACAUUAAGAAGAAGCUGGAGGUGAAACGAUUAGACCGAAUCCAGGUCAUGAUGAAGAGUACUAGCGACAAGGCUGCUCAGGAGAGGUUGAAGAAAGAAAUUAAUAACUCUCACAUCCAGGAAGUGGUCCAAACAAUCAAACUGCUGACAGAAAAGACAGCCAGGUAUCAACAGAGGCUGGAAGAGAAACAGGCAGAGAAUCUGAGAGCAAUCCAAGAGAAAGAAGGCCAGCUCCAGCAGGAGGCAUUGGCAGAAUACGAGGAAAAAUUGAAAGCACUGACUGUGGAGGUGCAGGAGACAGUGAAGAACUAUAUGAAAGAAAUCUUUCCUGAUGGGCCAAAGAUUCAGGAGGAAGCAGUUCUGAGCAUUCCCGUGGAAGAACAAGGCUCUACAAAGCAACUGGAAGAGAAGGUCCCAGGGGCAGAGGUGCCAAGACUGACAGCAACUACAGCUGAGCCUCCAGGAGCUGAAACAGACAUCAAUAUUGAGGAAAGCAUACUGUGAGCAAUGCUUCCCUUGCUUUUCCACUGCAGGCAUGUUUAUGGACAUAUGUAAUGAAGUUAAAGACCAGCUUGACAAACUACUCUCUCUUUCCGUGCUGGAAACUCCUAAGUCCUGAAAUCCUUCAGGAUUUCUACUACUCUGUAGUCCGAAACAGUCCAAGGAGCUCACCUUCAGCGAGCACUUCACUCUCCUUAGCACUAUAAGGUGUGUUUCAGCAGUGGGGCUGAAGACAAGUUGGUUGUUCACACUGACAACAGCAUCCACAUUAAUAUUUUGGCCUGGGUUCAGUUGUCAGUUUUCAAAGCAAGAUCCCUCAUUACCCAUAAUGCACCUGUUCACAUCAUAGCAAUCUCAGAACUAGAUCCAUCUAAACCAAAGAUAAUUCUCCAACAGUCCACUGACAGUGCUCCAACCAGCUGAGAGCCAGCCUGGAAAAAAGCCCCUAAACUGCAUGUGGGUAAAAGUGCCAGAGGAGAAACUGUUGCUCCCUAAAGUACCAUUCCACCUGGCAGCAGUACCUUCUAACAGGUAACUACCUACUACGGCCCCUUUGUAGGAGGGAAGGUCAGUUUGAAUCUCCUAUCUUUUUGUUUCUUAGCAUGCCACUUCCUUGCACACCCAGUAUGGGCUUUAUAGUUCUUUUUUUCUUCCCCCAUAAGAUGAGGAUAGUUUUCAGUGCACUGCUUUAAAAUAUGACACAGCAUUUUUUUCUGUGGAAAUGUUCACUGCCAGCAAUUUUCUUCUUUCUUUUCAAUCUCCUCUUACCCCAGGGGCUGAUUCUCACUCCCAAUUUUGACUUUACCACUUUGGUAUGCUUUCAGGCAACUUCUUAGAUCUGGAUCUAGUAUCUCCUAAGACCCUUCCAGUCCUCAGCAGGCUCAUUGGACAAUGACAAGGCAUGCUAUGAAGAGCCUAAGAGUCUUAGCAUGGGUUCCUGCUAUCACAAACACACUUGCAGAUUCUCUACUACCAUAAUUAGGUAUUUACAGAACAUCACUGCAACUUUUGCCCAUGAAGCUAACUUAGCUACAUGCUAUAUAGUACAGCAAUCUUUACCAAAAUCUCUAAGCUGGUUGAAAAUAAUUAUGUUGCUCAAAUAAAGUGCCAGACAGCUAUAUUGCCAGUAAGAGUAUCUCACACAGAAAGCUGAGCACAGAAAACACAGUGCAUCUAUUUGGUAGCAGAAAGAACAGCAGAUCUCUGAAGCUUCCUUUACUCUGCUGCCAUCCCUGUUAAUGAAUGACAACAGUGGGCUCAACAGUGAUGAGGACAAUCUGGGAAAGCGCAACUCCUCAAAUUUCCAUGUUCUUUGGGAGUGUAAAACAACACACUACUUCUGUUUGAAGGUGUAGUGCUCACACUUUCCUCCAAAGCCUCGGUCACUUCCCAUUUCUCCAUGAAUUACAGCCACCUCCUACUAAAAACAAUUUCCCUCCUUUGGUGACAUAACAAAUAAGCCUUGUUCCACAGGAAAACUGCCCAGCUGCAUGACUUGAAAGACAAAUGGUUCUCAGCCUCUUUUAGCCCUAGCAGAUACCUGCUGCUGUCUGUCUUCACUCACACAAAACCUUCCAGCAGAACAUGCAUGGAGGGCCAGGUUCCCAAAAUCUUGGCUUUGUCUUGCAACAGAAAAAAAGGGCAAAUUCAUCUUAGACAUCUUUACACUUCCACUUUCUAAGACAACAAAGCCUUAUUUUGUGAAUGCAGAACUUACAUCACAGUCCCCUACCUCCACACAUACUUUUUCUCACCUGUGUUAUGACUUUGUGCACUGAAUAGCUUUGGCAUAGUGAGUUCUCAUUCAUCCAGAAGGAACUGGAAACAUAUGGCCCAACUCUUCUCCUAGCACCAUGUAAGACAGACCGUUCUUAUGGAUCCUAAAAAAGCAAUAGCAAUACUUCAGUACAGAACAGAAACAUGCUGGCCUUCCUCCUAUCAAAUCCUGUGUGUCUUAACACUAGCAGCUACAGCCUAAGCUACAGCUUAAAUGCACCUGUUUGGGCAGCCAUGCCACCACAGCUGCAGAGGGUGGAGUAUCUUUAAACCCAGCUGUGGCAGAUAAAUGUGAGAAUACAGCCUGGAGAGCUGUUCUUUUUAGUGAAGCCUUUGCCCUUAAAUUCAGACCAGGUGUUCCUGACUGCAGCAAGAGUUUCUCUCCCCUCCCUAGAAUGUGCUGCUGCUGCAGUAUCACCUAUUAGUCUUCCCCACCCCUUGACUUGUUCUUCAGGUUUCUGUCUUUUCUGGAAAAGUGAGCUCAAUUGUGGUGAACCUACAGCAUGCAGUGGUUGUCGCAUGAAAGCUGUUACACCUCAAAACUGUACUGGGGAAUGCAUCGUGAAGUGCUGCUAUAAAAACCAGCUCAAGUGGGUAUGAGAUGAGAUGUUUCAAACCUGGUCUGACGUGCAAGAAGAGACCAUACCUCCCUGUGGUGUUAACUUAGUACUGGAAUAGUGUAUUGUACAUUGCUGACGUAUUUAUUU